AGAUGAGCUUGUGAACUCUGCAUUAGAACUGGAUUUACCAAAACAAAAAAGGGCUGCGCUUUAAUCAGGGUGCAGUAGCUUCUUCUUGACAAACAGAUUUCACACGAUUUUUAUAACUCGAUUCACUAUGAACUCCAUCUGCUAACAGGCUAAACGACGGCAUUGAAUAUGACCCUUUUUGUGCACUUAGUGGUUUUGCUCAGCUUUGCUUUGGGAGAUUGUUCAUCUGUUCAUGAAGAGUGCAUAUAUGGCAAGGGUGUGCAGUACAGGGGAGAGCAGCAGAAAUCCUCCUCAGGGCGUCUCUGUCUGAACUGGAAGACCACGAACCGGGAUUACGAACUCACACUGCACCCAGACAUGUCCACAGGUGUAGGGAACCAUAACUACUGCCGUAAUCCCGAUGACUCAGAUGAGCCCUGGUGCUAUGUUUCCGGAGCAGAUGGACAACUCCGGAGAGAAGCAUGUGCUAUUAAGGCAUGCCAAGAAGAAAACUGUUCAGAAGAGUCAACUUGUGUCACGAGUCCUUCUGUAGAGGAGGAAGGAACGACGGAGCAGUUGGACGUCGGAAGCAAGUCGGAAGUUGAAGCUGUGCAGCCGGUGGUGGGGGUCAGCCAGAGGGUCAAGACAGGACCCAAGAAGAAGAAAGACCUAGGAACUAUGGGUUACGUCUUUGCCAUCAUUAUGAUCACCAUCAUUAUCAUACUGGGAGUGGGAAUUACAACGGGUUACUUGUACAAGCGGGGUCGUGACCUGAAGAAGCAGCACGAGCAGCGUGUGUAUGAGCGAGAGAUGCACCGCAUCACGCUUCCUUUCUCGGCAUUCGCCAACCCCACCUGCGAGCUGGUGGAUGAGAACACCAUUGUGGUAGCUGCGGCGAAUGAGCAAGCGCCUCCGCAGGGCGUCGUCGAGGGCAGCGACCCACUCAUUGACUCUACAGGGACCCCUGGAGCUUGACGAGUCCUGGAUAGGACCACAAUGAUUAAAUCUUGAGUCUCAGAGGAUCAGCACCAACCCAAAACACCCUCCCAUCUGUCUGUCUCCUGCAUUUCUGGAGAAGGGAAAGCUCUUUACAGACGUCUUGGCAUCCUCAUCUUCUCAACAACAGCUAUGUUGAGGAGCAGAGGAUGCACCAGGACACAUCAAGGAUAAAUCAGGAUGCGUGGACCUGGGGAGGAGUUGUAUAAAAGUGCAUGUCAGGAUUUUUUUUUCUCCCCCCCAACGUCAAUCAUGUGUAAACCUUUCACUGUGAUCUUUUGGAGUGCUAGAGUGACGUGUACGCUCAAGGCAUUUCACCAGUUUGCAUGCUGGUUAUAGCAUGAUGGUAUGUUCACAAGCCUUUUUUAUGCACAUGACGAGAAUGAAGCUGUGUAUUAUAACAGGGGUAAACCGAAGUGCUUGUUUUAUGAUGAUCCUGCAUUAUGUUAAUUGGAGAAAAAGGGCAGAGCAAGUACAAGCAUUUUUAUUUCCCUCCACACCGUUUAGUGCUCUAGUGUCCCUCAGGAGUUGUAGCACUAAGUAUUCCAGUGGCUUUUUGGUCAAUUAGCAAAGUGGAUCUACAGUAUAUUCAUCAGCUUUGAUGGGAUCCUGCAGGAUUUAUUAUGGGAAACAAGUUUCCACACGCAAUUGCCUUAGUGUACAGAUUUUCAUGAGGAUUCUCGGAGUGUUAGUAUUUUGGGUGGGUAAAGUAAUACAUUCCCAAGGAAGACCAAUGCAAAGAAAUGUUGACUAGCAAAGCAUGGUGGGGAUCAGCCAGCACCUAAGUGUUCCUCAUCUGGUAUGGGAUUUAAGAUGAGUGAUUUAGACUGGCAACACAAACGUUUCUGGUUUUAGUCUCUAUCUGCUUUGCAAACUGCCAAAUCUGAUGGUGCCGAAGCCCAUCUGCUCCAGAUAAACUCCAUGUGUGGGACGCUGAUCAUUUGAUGUCUUUUCUACACUUUUCUGGCCACAAGCUUCAGAAUCUUGAAUCUCGAUUGGCUCUCUGCAUUUUCAUUUAUGAUGGAAAAACAAACAUUUUUGUAGCAAGGUGUCGUCACCGGGUUGGGAAACGUCGUCAUCUCGUCUUUAAAGUGAAACAUUUUGUAGGAAAGGACGCUUUUAGGCUCUGUUUCGUAACGAAAUGUAACAGACUGUAGCGAGAGAUCCGUCUCGGGAGACUAACACGACUGAAUUUUGUUUAUUAUUUUUCUUUUUAUUGACAGAUGAAAGCUGGCUUGGUCACUUAUUUAUGUGAGCAAAUCCAUCAUGAGGAAAACAAUCUUGGAAACCUCAGAAUUUUUCCCGUUCUUUCGUUUCUUUCCUUUCCUCUUUUUUUUUUUCCUUUUCAGGAUGGUAUGUAGAUCUACAUUGUGUUAUUUUGUUUUAUGUUCAUAUUAUUAGGACCUGGAGUCUGUAUUUUUUUUUUCUGUCAUGAUAUUACACACCUUUUUUUUUUUUUUGAGAGAUCUUAUGUUUAAUGUUUGGCAGAUUUUCACUGCUAUGAAGAAAAAAAAUAAAAAUAAAUAAAUAAUAACUUCUAAAACACAAAA